AUCAUGGAGUAACCCUAUGGAUGUAAUAACCCCCAACGUCCUAACUUUGAAAAUGAAAAUGAAUUUAGAUAGUAAAUUUGAAAUUCACGUAAAAUGCUAUAUUUAAGCUGUAACAAUUUACAUCAUGGAUUUAUUAUACAAUGUUAACAGAAAAUCAUAUUCUAAGUCAUUUUUGAAUCAAGAAAGCCCAUACAGUGAAUGUUCUAUAUGCACUAUAUCAUGCAGAAAUAUUGUUGCAUUUACUGCGACAUCAGACUUAGAAGGUACAAAUAGUAAAAUAUGGGGUUGUCAUAUAUAUGUAUGUGAUUUAAAUAGACCAUGGCAUAUGUAUAAAGUUUCGACUAAUAAAGAUCUUGUGACAGUACUUAAAUGGGAUUUGUCAGGAGAACAAUUAGUUGUAGCAAAUUGUAUAGGUGUGGUACAACUUUGGACUUUCAAAGAUUAUGUAUUAAAUAAUUGGCAGUUAAUUGCUUCACAUUAUUUUAUUGGUGAACAUAUAUUGGAUGUCGCUUGGUUUCAUAAUGGAAAAAGGAUUUCACUGAUUUCAGAAAAAAAAGAUUGUACACAAUACAGUGAUAAGUUUUCCCAUCUGCUUUACGCUCCUACAGUGAAACAAUUUGGAGGAUGUGCAAGCCAAGGUGUACUUGUAGUUACAAAUACAGGAAUGCUGGGAGCAAUUUUGAUCACUCAGGAUAAACAAAAUUUAGUAUACUAUUCAACUGAAAGCUUGAGAAGUAUUCGGCAAAGAGUCUCAGCCGUUGACAUUAGUUAUGCCAAAAAUGGUGAAUUUCUAGUUGCUGUAAGUAGUGGCAGUUGUGUUUUACCUAUACGAUGUUUUAGGGUUUCUGUGAAAAAAGUAGGAGAAAAGUAUAACAUAGUUUCACAUGCUUUACCAAGUUUUUUUUUACAAGAUGGUACUUUUAAAGAUAAUCCAUUUGAUAUAACUAUAUCGCAUCUUAAAUUCGCUGCGUCGGAAACAGCUGACUCUUUAAUUGUAGCAGCCAAUAAUGAUUCUGAUGGAUUUAUUGAAAUAUGGGAAUUGAGUGAAAAAACGCCACCUGUACAUAAGGGUUUUCAAUCUAAAAAUUGUGAAUCUUUCAAAACUUAUGUAUGGCAACAUCAAGCAUUAUACCAUUGUUCGUAUUGUGUAACUGCAGUAACAACUACAAAAAUAUCUAUAAACAAACCUACCUGUUAUAUUACAGUCGCCUUAUCAGAUGCUUCUGUACGUUGUCUUAGUCUUGAUGGAUUAAAAGAAAUAAGUUCUUCUACUUUAAAUAAUAAUUUCUAUCAAGAUGAAACAGUCAAUAAAUAUCUAAAAGUCUCUACAACCGUUUCAUAUAUCGAUAUAUCAUGGUUAGGAUGUAUUUGCGUACUUAUGGAUUCUAAAGGAAAUUUACAUGUAUAUAAAUUACCCACAGAUGGUACAUCUCUUAGUUUAGCUUAUUCAUGUACUUUACUGGAAUACUGUUUAUUAACUGGAACUGAUUGGCUAGAUUUACUGAUAUGUUUGAGACCACCAACAAUUGAAGCAUUGUCCGAACGUUUUGACACUUUUUUCAAUAAACAGCCCUUGCCAAUACAGCAAUAUUACUACAUGCAAUUUUUAAAUAUAAAAAUUUCUCUAUAUAGAAUGUUAAUAAAUGGUCAAAAUAAAGCAGCAGAUCUUUCUUCCUUAUUUAUGAUGCUUUCGGUUGCAACGGCGUUCAAAUCUUUAUUAAGGCCAUCGGAAACCUUUCACGAUAAAGUUCCAGCAGAUCGUUUACAGUCCGUUAUAACAGAUAAUAUUAUUACUGAUGUUGAUAAGGUUUUGCUACACAUAGAGCCGAAAGAAUUCACUGUUGAACCUAUCACCUUGCAAUCAUUACAGCAAUUGAUCCAAUGGACAACUAAUUUUGCUUUGAAUUUAUUAGUUCGCCUUCCAGAACAAAAAUUGCAAAAUAAAUCAAGUGGAUAUGAAAUUUUAAGAGAUCAAAAAGCUAUUAAUAUAUUACGAGAACUCCUAGUAAUUAUUCGGAUUUGGGGUUUACUACGACCUUCUUGCUUACCAGUAUUUCUCAAAAGUGCAGAUAACAUCGAUGUUUUGGGUUUACUUUUUCAACUUCUAUCUAAAUUAAUUCAACCUAGUAAUGAAGUUCAUCAUUUUGACGAUCACUUAAUUGAUGAUUGUUGUCUCUUACCUAAUCAAAUAAUGAUCCCUCAAGUACAAGAAGCAAAUAGUAUAACUGCCAUUGCAACUCCUAUCUUGUUUUAUCAGAAUGUUCCUUUACAGCUAGAAUAUGGCGUUGAACCUGACUUUACUUUCGUCCCAGAAUUAAAUCCAGUUGAAGGUUGUAUGCAUAGUGGUCAAACUGUAGAUGCUGUGCGGCAUAUCUAUUUGGGAAAACAACCACUGUUUGUAAAGCAGUGUUCAAGGUGCGGUUCGAAAUCUCAAAUUCAAAAUACUACUAGAACUGCUGCAAUCAGAGCAUGGGAACAAAGAUGGGCAAAAGGUUGUCCAUGUGGAGGUUCUUGGACAAUUAAUAAUUCAAAUAUUCAGUAAAGAUCUAAAAAUUUCUCUUUACAAUAAUAUCAAAUACCCCUAUGUAAAAAAUAGUUUUUUGUUAACUAGCUCAUUUAUUUUAUAACUUCUGAACUAAGUUUUGUUCCAUUGAAUACAUUUUUUUAAUUUACAUCUCAUUGUGAUUUGUCGGUCAAUAAUUAUAAUAAAGUUAUACUUAGUAAAUAAAAAUUGGUUGAUUAUAGAAAAUCUAUUAUAAAAAAUAAGAUGACUGACAUAUAAUCGUAGCGGAAUAUACAUAUAACUGUCAUCUUAUGAACCAGUAAAGAGGAUCGAAGAACAAUAACAUUUCUCUAAACGGUUGAAACUGUCAUAAAAAUAAGAAUAAAGAAUUGAUGGAAAACCAAUAAAGUUUGAUAAUUAUUUAAACUAUUAUUAAAUCAUCAUGAAAAUCAAUUUUUUAGUGGCAGAAAUAGGGUCACAUGAUCUAUUAUUAUGAGGUGGCUAAUGAGCAUAUAUGUAUGAUUUCUAGUUGAGUUGUUAGUAGUAAACAUUUAAUUUAUCACGUAA